CGGGGGCCACCGAUAACAGCGGGCACCGUGCCGGGGCCACAGGACCAGACAGCACAGGCAAGUGGGAUGAGCCAAGGACCCCCACCCUGGGCAGCCAGGCCCCGAGGCAGCAGAAUGGGGUCCAGCAGUCCCCUGCAUCUCCUCCACACCCUCUGCAUCGUCUCGGUGCUGGCUGGGUGCCUGCACCCUGCCACGGCCCAGUGGUUUUCCCUGGGCUCAGAGGACACUACCCUGGAUCCAGGCACCAGCCCCACGGCCCCCACCCUGGAUGGGGAGGAAGACGCAGACGCCAGCGUGGAGCACAUGGAGAAGGUGCUGCUGAGCAAACCCCCUCUGGCAACAGCCCCUAGACGCCGAGACCAAGCCUCCAGGGGGGCAGCGAAGGGGUCGGGCCAUGCCUCACCACACACACGAGGACAGCACCGACCCACGGCUGCCCCGGAGAUCUUUGAGGGGAGCGCAGUGGAAGAGGAGUUCCUCCAGAUCCAGACGACGGCAAAGGGGCUGCCCCGGCGGGUCCCCUCGGCCCCGAAGAGAGGCCCUGCCCUCCAGGUGCACAACAUCUCCGGCUGUGUCUGCCCCGUGCGCCCCGGCCCUCCCGGCCCUCCCGGCCCGAAGGGAGAGAAAGGUGACCGAGGGUACCCGGGAGAGAGAGGCCAGCCCGGAUUCUUAGGGGAGAGAGGAAAGUCCGGCAGCCCAGGACAGCCAGGUCACCAGGGCCCCCGGGGCCCCCCGGGUCCUCCUGGACCACCGGGGCCCCCGGGGCCCCCGGGCACCGCGGGAGCGCGGAGCCCACCCGCGCCUGCUGCACUCCCUGAGAGAUCGGAGAACGAGCUGGAAGUCUCCAGCCCUGUGGGGAACCCAGGACCCCCAGGUCCCCCCGGGCUGCCCGGCAUGCCCGGACCCCCAGGCUACCCGGGCCACGAUGGCCCCCCGGGGGCCCCUGGGCGGGAGGGAAAGCCAGGACCCCCAGGCCCUCCAGGGGCUGUGGGGCCACCUGGUUUCCCUGGGGCUGAAGGACUUCCAGGGUCUCCAGGCUCAGCUGGGCCAGAUGGACCCCCAGGGGCACCAGGACUCCCAGGGCCUCAGGGUCCCCCCGGAGUGCCUGGGCAUGAAGGACCCCCUGGUCCCCCAGGACCUGCCUCACUCCCUGGCAAACCAGGGCUUCGAGGGGAGCCAGGAUUCCCAGGACCAAAGGGAGAGAAGGGCGAGUAUGGGCUGCCAGGCAUGCCAGGGAGCCCUGGCCGAACCGGAGAGCCAGGGUCCCCGGGCAUGCCGGGUCCCACGGGGCCACCAGGACCACCAGGGGACUACAGGUGCGACUCACGCCACACUGGGCACCGCAGAUCGGCCGGGCUGCCGGGCCCCAAGGGAGAAAAGGGCGACCCUGGAGAGCCGGGGUGCUGCUACAGGGAACACGGGUGCAAACCGGGCCACCUCCCCUUCCCCAGCACUGGCAGCCAGCCCGACCCCUGGGGGUCCAUCAGUAGGUACCAGACGGGUGGCAAAGAGGAACCGGAGAUUUAUGGAGCAAUCAUCCCCCAUGGUCUUCGAGGUCCCCCUGGGAACCCUGGUCUCCCAGGGCCCCCCGGCCCCCCUGGCCCACCAGGUCUCCUCUACCUCAACAGGGUGCACCCUGUCCAUGCCCAGCCACCCUGCAAGCAGCCGGCAUCCACAGACCGCAGCUGGCCAUCAGAUGCCAACGUCCCUCAGACGGAGCCAUUGGACUCCCGCGCUGAUCUCCAGCACCAGACAUGGGUCUUCAAGUCCAAGGAGCUGAUGGUGAAGGCGAGCAGUGCUGUGCCCGAGGGGAGCCUGGUCUACGUGCGGGAAGGGAGCAACGCCUUCCUCCGGACCCCCACCGGCUGGAGCCGCCUCUUGCUGGAGGAUCCGAAGUCCUUCUUGGCUGGUGAUGACCCUUCUGCCUCCACCCCACAGAACCAGGAGGCAAAGAGGAUGCAGGCGAGAGGUCCCAACACGCUGUUGCAGUCUCCAAUGGACUCACUGACUCAGAAAGAGGAGGAACAAAGGCUGACCCAGAUUCUGCCAACCACCAUUGCCCCCCGGAUCCCAUCGCUCCGCCUGGCUGCUCUCAACGUGCCCCUCUCUGGUGACAUGAGCGGGAUCCGGGGCGCUGACCUGCAGUGCUACCGGCAGUCGCAGGAGGCCGGGCUCUAUGGCACCUUCCGGGCCUUCCUGUCGGCCCCCACCCAAAACCUGGUGUCCAUCGUCAAGCGGACAGACAGGACCCUCCCCAUCAUCAACCUGAAGGGGCAGCUGCUGGCCAAGUCCUGGAGCUCCCUCUUCGAGGGUCAGUCCGGUGCUGCCCUGCGGGGUCCCAUCUACUCCUUCAAUGGGUGCAGCAUCCUGACAGAUCCUCUCUGGCCCCACCGGCUGGCCUGGCACGGCUCCACACCACGGGGUGGCCAUGCCCGCCGGUGGGAUUGCCAGGGCUGGCGCAGCUCUGGUGUGGCUGAGGGCAUGGCCACCGCCCUGGGCGAGGGCAGGCUGCUGGCUGGGCACCGGCACAACUGUUCCACACCGCUGGCCGUGCUCUGCGUCGAGGUGGCCUUUCCCUACCGGCACAUGUGGUGACAACAGUGACACCCAGCCACAUGCUCCAGGCCUUCCUCCGGUCCUGUGUGGCCAGGGAAUGUCCCUGGCAGCACCAUGGGCAGUGUUGGAGUUGUGCCGGAGCACUGAGGGGACACUGGUUCCACAGCCAGGCUGUGCUGUGCCCAUCCUCAGCUGUGCCAUCCCACGGAUCCCUGUGCCAUGGGGCAAUGCCAGGCUGUGCCUGCAGCCUCCCACCCCCACUGGAGCCAACACGGUCACCACCCAGAAAUAAAGACACAAAAAUGUU